AUGACGGCAAAAAAAGGGCCUUACAAGAACCCCAAUAAACUCAAGGCCCAGGUCAUGGAUAAGGUACAGAGGACUAUCCAUGCAAAAUUCGGGGUGCAGAGGUCCAGGGAGCAGUUGCGCAAGAGAUUGUCUGAUUUGAAAAUCCGAGAGCCAGAGCAGCUGGAGAGAAUUCGAAGAGUCCUCAGAAGACGUGUGGCUUUUGGAACAACUACAGAGCCCACAUCUUCUUUAACUGAAACUUAUAACACAGCUACAGAUUUAUCUGCUACAACAGGAGAUCCUAUCACCACUUCAGAAGAUGACACCCCACCUAUGGAAGACUUUAUUACAACUAUAGAAGAUACUGCUACAACAUUAGACCCUAUCACCUAUACAGAAGAUGACACCCCGCCUACAGAAGACUUUAAUACAACUAUAGAAGAUACUGCUACAACAGGAGACCCCAUCACCUCUACAGAAGAUGACACCCCGCCUACAGAAGACUUUAAUACAACUAUAGAAGAUACUGCUACAACAGGAGACCCUAUCACCUCUACAGAAGAUGACACCCCACCUAUAGAAGACUUUAUUACAACUAUAGAAGAUACUGCUACAACAGGAGACCCUAUCACCUCUACAGAAGAUGACACCCCCCCUACAGAAGACUUUAAUACAACUAUAGAAGAUACUGCUACAACAGGAGACCCUAUCACCUCUACAGAAGAUGAGACCCCACCUAUAGAAGACUUUAUUACAACUAUAGAAGAUACUUCUACAACAGGAGACCCUAUCACAUCUACAGAAGAUGACACCCCACCUAUAGAAGACUUUAUUACAACUAUAGAAGAUACUGCUACAACAGGAGACCCUAUCACCUCUACAGAAGAUGACACCCCACCUAUAGAAGACUUUAUUACAACUAUAGAAGAUACUGCUACAACAGGAGACCCUAUCACCUCUACAGAAGAUGAGACCCCACCUAUAGAAGACUUUAUUACAACUAUAGAAGAUACUGCUACAACAGGAGACCCUAUCACCUCCAGAGAAGAUGACACCCCUCCUAUAGAAGACUUUAUUACAACUACAGAAUAUACUUCUACAACAGGAGAUCAUUUCACCACUUCAGAAGAUGACACCCCACCUACAGAAGACUUUAUUACAACUAUAGAAGAUACUGCUACAACAGGAGAUCCUAUCACCUCUACAGAAGAAGACACCCCUCCUAUAGAAGGCUUUAUUACAACUAUAGACGAUACUGCUACAACAGGAGAUCCUAUUACCACUACAGAAGAAUCUAACACAGUUACAGGAGAAAUGACCACACCUACAGAAAUCAACACAGGUACCUUAACAACUACUGCUCAAUCAUCACUUUCAACCACAGAAACAACAUUUAUAGCUCAAACUACAACAGAAGCAAUCGAUAUACCAACUGCCUCUAAUAUACCCAUAACUAGUAAUGGUCCUUUAACUACUGGAGGAACCCCUGAUGAUAAUACAGUCAUAACCAAAGUCGAUUUUGUCUCCAGAACAACCACAGAUGGAGUAAAUUCAAGUUCAAGCUCAUUAUUGACAAUUUCAAAUAAUGCUCCAGAGCCAAGCACCAUAGAGUUUAACAGCACAACAGUAGAGAUAUCUGAGAAACCUCUUCCCGCAACCACCAGCAGUAACAUUGGACCAACACCAUCAUGCCAGAAUGGAGGUAUCUAUGAAAAGGGCAUCUGUAAAUGUUCAAGCAAUUUUGAAGGAAAAAUGUGUGAAACCAUAAAAAACAUUAUAACUGUUGAUAAUGGCACCACUGCGUCUUUAAAUGUAGACCUGAGAUUCACCAACAUGGAAUUUGAUGAAAAUCUGAAAGAUAACACAUCUGAGGAAUAUAAGGAGUUUGUAAAUGACUUCAAAGGAAAUAUGAGCAUCAUCUAUAAGAAUGUUACUGGGUUUGAAGAUGUAGAAAUACUGUCUAUAAGGGAAGGAAGCAUUAUUGUGCUUCAUGAGGUCAUUAUGAGAUUCCUAUAUGUGUCCGGUGGGAAUAUAAAAGAGCAGUUUGAAAAAGCACGUGGAGAUUUAAACAAUUACCUGAAAAUUCUGAAUGAAACCUGUGAAGUAGAAAACCCCGACAUGUGUAUUGACAGUUUUACCGUGGCACCUGCAAUGGAACCGAUAUCUCACGAAGAGCAAUGCAGGCAAAAGGUUGAAGAAGGUUUUCAAGAUUUUUUCAGUCCAGAAUUUGAAUCUGGGAUUCCUAUCUGUGUGUCUCACUGUGAUGAAAAAUCUUCUUCUCACUUUAAGAACUGUCAUAAAGGAAACUGUCAUAUCGAGAAAUGGAUGGGGCCCCGCUGCUCGUGA